AUGCCUGUCCGUCGCAGUGCGCGAUCGGUACGCGUCACACCACCGCGCGAUGAUACGAGUCCCCUGGUACAACAGGGAUCACCUCCAUUUAAUAUAAAUGCAGAUGGAAGCCUGAGCGUCGUGCGUGACGACGACGAAGCGAACAAUAGUGGCCUGCUAGACCUAACGCCCAAUCUACCGACUGUGCGAUCGACCACUAUGCCUGGUACCCCCACGCCGGUCACGACUGGCGUCAUGAGUACACCUGUGCUGGGUGGCGAUACGGCACGUAUGCCUCCGCCUCUACUAGGUAAAGGACGUGCUCGGAAAGUGUCUCGCAAUGGCGCGCCAUGGACUCGUGCGCAGGCUCGCACAUCGAUGGGCGGGGACGGAUCCUCGGAAGAGUCCAAUGCCAGCGUAAUUGUACACGAGACCCCCCCUAGUGGAUGGGAGCAACCCUCGACUUCAUCACAGAGCAGUAAAGGGGAAGAGGAGACCAAGUCCCCUUCCGGCCCCGCGUCCGCCUCGGCUGCGCCCGCAAAUACGAGAUCCACGUUGCCAGCUCGUCUACGUCGAUGGAUGCACGAUGCCCUGAAACAGCACCUCUAUGAAACGGCUAUAUUCUGGGGUCAACAAGUGGUCGCACUUGAGCCGACAGAAACCGCCUACAACGACGCUUACUGGCUCGCACAAGCCUAUUUUCUUACGCACCAAUACGAGCGCGCUGAACAGCUGCUCACCACGCCGUUACGAAGCGGUGUGACGCCGCCAGAACCAGCGUCAGGCGCGACGUCUACCGGGACGCAUGGCGACGCUCUUCACGCUGCCUUAGCUGCUACGAGGGCCUCUAGUAUCUUACCGCCCUCCAUUCGGUCGCGGUAUGCACAUGCCGAUACCUAUGCUAGUGUCACAUGGACGCAUCCGUCUGAGGAGACGGAGGCCCUUGGCGCGUCGCACCGCCAUCUCACACCGAAUACGUCCACAGCUCGUCGCGUAUCUCGUCGCCGAAAGCGAUCUCCCUCUCCCUCAGAUCCGUUCCAUGCACCUGAUGUUACUGUGGAAAGUAUCGAUACCGAAUUCACCCAGCUUCUUGUGCAGCAAGACGAAGAUGCGCAAGGGCCCUGCUUAGUCAACUGGAGCUCGCCAUGCCGAUACCUCGCUGCGCAGUGCCAAGUUCGACUGAACAAACUGCAAGAGGCCCUCGAUCUAACUGGUGAAGACCAUACCCGGUGGACUGGCCGUGCCUCUGCUAGAGCACCUUCGCUUGAUGGCGGAAUUAAGUUAGGGUCCAGUGUGUGUCACCUACGUGGCCAAAUCUACAUGCGACUGGAUGAGCCUGCCAAGGCCAAAGAGGCAUUUCUCUUGGCGCUUGCCCUGGACGUGAAAAACUAUGACAGUUUCUCGGCGUUGAUCGACGGACAGUUACUAGGCGAAGAUGAACAAUGGGACCUGAUCCAAACACUUGAAUUCGCCGCUCAGGCCGGCUCGGAGGCUGAGGCUCAAGCCGACUUUGAGUGGGUGCGGUGGAUGUAUACCACGCGACUAUCACAGCGCACCGUUGCGCAUGCAGCGCGUGUCGCUGCAGCGCGCCAAACCCUCGUCCAGCAUCACCAGGGCAUGCGGGCGAAUCCUACGGUGCUGCUGAGCCUGGCUGAGUCGUUAUGGCUCGCUAUGCGGUACGAAGAUGCCUAUGCUAUUACACAACACAUACUUGCACUGGAUGCAGGGUAUACACUGGCAUUGCCUAUCCACAUUGCAUGCAUGUACUAUUUACCACGCCUUCGUCCAGCGCUGUUUUUACUAGCCCAUGCGCUUACCGAGUCGCAGCCAGACAGCUGCGAGGCAUGGUAUGCUGUGGGCACAUGGUAUGCAUCUGCACAGCGAUGGAGUGAGGCACGCCGCCACUUUAGCAAGGCUUCCCUUUUGGACCCACGCUUUGCGCCAUCUUGGAUCGCGUUUGGGCAUAGCUUUGCCUUCGAAGGCGAAUCCGACCAGGCCAUCACAGCGUACUCCACAGCCGCACGCAAGUUCCCCAAUUCCGGGCUGCCGCGCCUGUUCAUUGGCAUGGAACACCUGUCUCAGGGCAAUCACAGCUUGGCGCAGCUCUUUUUGCAGAGUGCCGCGGAGGAACUCGGAAAUGACCCACUGUGUGCCAAUGAACGCGGAGUGGCUCUAUUCCAAGGAGGGCGCAUCGACGAGGCCAUCGAUCUGUUCCGUGCCGCCUUGGAAGCAGCCGCAGAAACGCAGCAGCCCGCCUCGGCGUGGUGCACCGUGCACUUGAACCUCGGUCUGGCCUAUCGAAAACUUGGCCGUGAUGACGAGGCUCGGCCCUGUUUCUUGCGUGUGAUAGAGUACGACGCAGCGUGUGCCCCAGCGUACAUUGCGCUCGGGAUGUGUGCCCACCGCCAAGGCGAUUUGGCCGAUGCCGUGGGAUGGUACCAUGAAGGACUGGGCAUCGAUCCACGUGACCCUAUUGGCACCGAUUUACUCGCUCUUGCUCUCGACGCGCGUGCUGCACAAGGGUUGCCAGAGGGCUUCCUCUCUAUGCCCGAGGAGCAGAGCGUAUCCAUGGACGAGUCGUCCAUUCUGCAUAGUUAG